GGCUGCCUCGCUGGCCGCCGCCGCCGCCGUCUGGCUACAGUCGCGUUCCUCCUUCUUGCCGCUGCUGAAGGCCGGCUGGGCUGCUGAGGGCGAGCGGAAGAGCGCCCGCCUUUCUCUCCCCCACCCUGCUCACUCCUCCCCCGGCUUGAUAGUAAGGGAGGGCCAGCCGUCGCUGCACUGUAUAGUACGGGGCUGGGUGGUUGCCGGAGGGGUGAAUGAAGCGAAGAGGCGGCGCAGGAGGAGGAGGAGGAGGCGGCGCUGGGACUGGGAUGUGCCCAGCAGCGGUAGCAGUUCCAGCUCCUCCACUAUGCUCCUACGUUCAGGCCCCAAAUCGGCUGGAGGCUCCUCCGGGCACUACUACAGCAAGGAGUCAGUGAAUUUUCAAUCAUAGACACAUCAAAUUAAAGAGACAAUCUAAGCACUGAACUUCUUUCUUCACCUCUUCAAGACAACUGCAGCAACAAGUUUUACCUUUCCUUAAAAGGUGCUCUUUUACCCUAAAUAAGAAAACUGUAGCACAAAAGUGGAUAUUUGAGACCUGAGAAGACUUUAUAUUAAAGGAAAAUAGGACAUUCUUAUAUUCACAUCCUGGAGCACAAUGAAAGAGUGCACAGACUUCAGAAAAAAGUGCAGCAGCAAGUAGUACAAGGGACGCAAAAGGAAGAUAUUACUGGGGCACUUAGGAACACUCCUGGCAUUUGAAAGACAUUGGAGAGGAAGAGAUUACAAGAGAAUGAACAGGCACACAGUGAAGAAUACAGAUCAAAAGUAUUGCAGUGGCCCUGGCAGUGCUGAGCACACUAUACAAAUAUCCCAGUGUAUUAGUCUCUUGUAAUCCCUUCCUCUCCAGUGAAUGUGAGAAGAGUAGAUAGUGUGCAGAUAUAUUUGAAAACCAAGCAGAAAAUUCUGAAGAUUGCUUAGUGUGAUAUGAAGCACUAUUGAUGGACCUGUCAGCGAUCCAGUAACAUCUGCAAAUUCUGCAAGGGGAAGCAUAAUCUGGGGGUAUCCAGAAGACAGCAGUGAAUGGUAGAUGCUUGUAGAAGAUUGUGGUCACAAGGAGAUGAUUCCUCAUGAAGUCUCUGGAUCCACAAAAGAAAUCAAAUGUGAUUUUCCACUUAGCAGACUGAAAUCAGAGCCAGCCAGCCAGUGAAGCCACAGAAGAUAAGGGCAGGGGGCCGGUGAAAAAUGAAAUCCAACCAGGAGAGAAGCAAUGAAUGCCUGCCCCCCAAGAAGCGGGAAAUCCCUGCCACCAGCCUGCCUUCUGAGGUGAAGCCGUUAGUUCUGGCCAAUGAAAAUCACCGUGCAGAUAAUAUAACAUGGCUCUCAAGUACAACCAGCAGCCACAGCAGUGGGCGGAAUCGGUCUGGAGGUACUUCAGUGGAGGCUGGUUCGCAACAAGGAGUAGGUUUACACAAGUCACUUUCUACAGGAAUGGAUUAUUCCCCACCUAGUGCUCCUAGGUCUGUUCCAGUCUCUGCCACACUUUCCACAGUGUACCCCUCUGCACUUUCACAGGCAGGAACACCUGUUUCGCCAGUGCAGUACGCACACUUGCAGCAUGCUUUCCAGUUUGUUGGGCCUCAGUAUAGUGGACCAUAUACCGGAUUCAUCCCCUCCCCACUGAUUUCUCCAACAGCUAAUUCUGCAACCACCACAGCAGCCUCCGCCACUGCUGUUGCAACCACUCCAUCCCAGCGAUCACAGCUGGAGGCAUAUACUUCUUUGCUGGCCACCAUGAGCAAUUUUAGCCAACAAGGCCAAAAGGUUGAGCCACAUUUAGUCAGGACACCUGGAUUGAUCACAGCAGGAUCUCCUCCACCUAUUCAGCAAAACCAAUAUGUCCAUAUUUCCAGCUCUCAGAGUGCUAUUAGAAACGUCUCUCCUCCAGCCAUCCCAGUCCAUUUGCAUCCUCACCAGACAAUGAUUCCUCAUGCAUUUGCCCUUGGCCCUUCCUCCCAGGUGGUAGUGCAAUAUGCAGAUUCUGGUGGCCAUUUUGUUACUAGGGAGCCCACUAAGAAACCUGAGAGCAGCAGGUUGCAGGCUAUGCAAGCAAAAGAAAUACUGAAUGGGGAAGUAGACAAGAGUAGGCGAUAUGGCAUCUCCCCCUCUUCUGAAGUCAAUCUUAUCAAAUCAGGCAAUAAACCAUCUCCUCAUCAUUAUGAGGCCAGACAUGUGGUAGUCCACUCUGGUCCUACUGAUUAUAUUGCACGUGAUUCCUCUGCUGUCCGGCCUUCUGUUAUGGUUGUCCCCAACAGCAGUACACCUACUGCAGACAUGGAAGUUCAGCAAUCCACCAACAGAGAAACACCUCCUUCAGCCAUCAACGAAAAGGGAAGUUUGCAUUUAGGAAAGACAGGCCACCGAUCCUAUGCUUUAUCUCCACAGCAGACUAUUGGUCAUGAAGGGGUGAAGGCAGUUGCCACUUUAUCCCCUCACACUGUCAUUCAGACCACCCAUAGUGCUUCAGAGCAGCUGCCCGUUGGGUUGCCAGCUACAGCCUUUUACACUGGGACUCAACCACCAGUAAUUAGCUAUCUGAGCAGUCAACAGCAAGCCUUUGGCUAUCCUGGAAAUCUGCCACAACAUCUGGUGAUCCCUGGUACCCAACCUCUCUUAAUACCAGUAGGAAGUGCAGAAAUCGACUCCUCGGGGGUACCACCUGCUAUAGCCACUUCAUCUCCCCAGCUAGCAGCAGUGCCUCAUACAUUUGUCACAACCACCAUUCCAAAAAGUGAGAAUUUCAAUGCUGGGUCCCUAGUAAACCAGCCGGCUUACCAGGCAGCUGUGGUCCAGGCCCAGAUCCAUCUCCCCCUGGUACAACCGGUACCACCUUCAGCAACAGCUCCUGCUAUAUUGCCUCCUUACUUUAUGAAAGGCUCCAUAAUUCAGUUGGCAAAUGGAGAGCUGAAGAAAGUAGAAGACUUAAAAACAGAAGACUUUAUACAGAGUGCAGAAAUUAGCAGUGACCUGAAAAUAGACUCCAGCACCGUGGAAAGAAUUGACGACAGCCAUAAUCCAGGCAUUGCUAUGAUACAGUUUGCAGUUGGAGAGCACCGAGCACAGGUCAGUGUUGAAGUUUUGGUAGAAUAUCCUUUUUUUGUAUUUGGACAAGGCUGGUCAUCCUGCUGCCCUGAGAGAACGAGCCAGCUCUUUGAUUUGCCGUGUUCCAAACUCUCUGUUGGUGAUGUCUGCAUAUCACUUACACUCAAGAAUCUGAAGAAUGGCUCAAUUAAAAAGGGCCAGUCCAUGGACUCAGCUAGCAUCUUGUUGAAGCACUCUAAAAAUGACAGUCUACUUGGCAGUAGACAUAGGUAUGUGGAGCAGGAAAAUGGGAUUGAUCAAGGAGGGGCAAAGAUGACGUCUGAAAAUGGUGAACUGAAGUUUCCAAGCAAAAUAGGAUUACCUGCAGCAUCUCUACUCACCAAAUCAGAAUCCAGCAAGCCCACAGCAACUCGGAAGAGGAGGUGGUCAGCCCCUGAAACACGGAAACUAGAGAAGUCUGAAGAGGAGCCACCGUUGACUCUUCCCAAGCCUUCUUUUAUUCCUCAGGAGGUUAAGAUUUGCAUUGAAGGGCGAUCCAAUGUAGGCAAGUGAAGUCUAUUAGGGAAAGGAAAUUAGAAUAUCCCUUGUCAUUUUUAUCCAGAUUACUGUACUGUAGGCUAAAUAACCGAGUAUUUACAUGUUAUCAUCUUAUUUUAGGUUAUGUUUAUAACGUUGUUAUAGUUGCAGUUGGUAUUAUGCAGGAGACAGGUGCAUACUUCCCCCACCUAGGUGUUCAUUGGUGAUUAUUUUUCUCAAGAGCUACAAAAAAGGGCAGUAUCUGCUUGACACGUGAACACACACACCCUUUGUGGAAGCAAAUGUUGACAUGGCACCUGUUUUCCAACACUUCAAACAGAAUAUUAGUCUGGCAAGAGAACUCUAGGAAAGACAAACACUAUUGCCUGAUUCAAGAGUAGAAUUGAGAGUUCCACAGCAAUGUGAUUCGGUGGUUCUCUCAAGAAAUUUCUGAUGAAGUGUAGUCCAGGGGCAAUAAUGGAGAACCGAGCACUCUUUGAGACUUUGCACAAUAAAGUGAUUUUCCUUUUAAUUUUCUGAUUUUUUUUUGUCUUGUAUUUUCCAUUCCCCCGAUCCAAACCCAUACUGUGUCCCAGAGUGGGUGGGUGGGGGUCUAACUGCACUAUUUUUAUUAAUAUUAUUAUUGUUGUUGUUAUUAUUGUUCUUCUCAGAGACUGCCACAUAGAGAUUUCAUCUCCACUUGCUAGCACAAUGGCAUAGCAAGAGCGUAGCAGCUGAUUCUUGCUUUGCUAAAAAUGGUAAUUUGCUUAAAGUGUGACAUUGUUGGUGUCAAUAUAGCACGUUACAAAUUGUGGAUAUCGUAACUUGUAUACAGCAUGUUGCCGCUAACAUUUGCUUCCACAAAGUAACUAUGUACUUUCCUUUGGGAAAGUGAACAUAAAAUUGUUUGCAGUUAGGUUGCAUUUUUUAAAAACUCUAGUACUAUUUUUUUAAAAAAAUUCUGUACUAGGACUAGUGCCACUUUUUUUUCAAAUUUCAGUGUGAUACGAGGAAAAACAUAGAAUGUCUUUGAGCACUUAAAAUGAUAAUCAGAGUUUCCAUGCUGAGAAUCCUGGCUUAACACUCAGCAAAUCCUGUAUUUUGCUUUAUUCUCUUUUGGGUUGGGGGGGAGAAAGAGAAUAUUGACAUUUUCAACACUGUUAACUACGUAGGUUUUUUCACAAGCAAGAUACUGAAAGUUUUCAUGUGGUAUCAAAGGGAUGAAUGUGAAUUACAAACUCGUAUGUGACAGUCAUUGUCCACAAGGACUACUUAAUAGGAGGCACUUUUAAAACUUUUAUGCUUGUGAAAAAGUUAAAGGUAUAUGCAAGCUGACAAAAUAAUAAGAGAAAAAGAAAGAGUAUAAGGGAAUAAGAAGAAAAAAACAUUGUCCAGUGUUUUUGAAAAAGAUGGACUUUAAAGAAUCUUGCAAUUUGCACAUCUUGAGUUUAUCAUUUGUAUGGUAUUCCUUCAGUUUUUAAUUUUUUAGGAAGGGAGAGGGGCUGAAAAAGCUUAAACAAAUGUAGCAGUUAUUUACUAACCUGCCUAAUUUCUAGACCAUUUUUAAUAGGAUUAGAUUUUCUUUCAAUUUCUUUUACUUUCUUUGUAUCAUAUCUGUCACCCUCAACCAGAAAAACUGAGAAUUUCUCUUUCAGAUUUUCUGAGUUUUCCAUGAGUCAUUUUGACACAGAUGCAACUUUUUUGUUUUGUUUUAAUUCUGUGUUUUAUUGUAAAAUUACUAUUUCUUAACUUUCAGUUACUUUUCUUCUGAUUAGUAGUAUAAUGUUAAUGUCAAAAUUUGGUACAACAAUAUGAUGGGUAAAAGUUUAUCCUAUUAAACUCUUUCAGUAGCUAUGUGACUGAUCACAGAAAUCUGAAAUAAAUUCAAGGGUGGAUCCAAAGGAUCUAAACUCCCACUGAUUUAGUGGCUUCCAUCUUAAAACCAGAUUCAGAUUAAUAGUCACAUUAAAACCCAUGUAAUUAUUCACAGAUAAAUAAUUGGCUAUAUACCAACCUGUGAAAAGAAUCACUUAAACUAAUACCCUAUUUUAAAGCUUAGAUAAUAAAUACUGCAUUCAUUUCUGAAGUUGUAAAAUCAGGAUUUCCUGAAAGAUGCUGUGACGCAUUUUCACACAUGAGACUAAAUCUUAAGUAUCCAUUGAAUUUGUAAUGUAACUCUAUAUGGACAUGUUCUAUCGGUGUUAUUAAAUAUGUUUACAUGUGAUACAAAUAUGUGAGAACCUCAGAGAAGUCUAGUGUCUUGUGUGAAAAUGGUACAUGAAUUUUUUUGGCAUCAGUGCUGUAUUCCAGCUUACCAAGGUUAGGUAGGUGAUCAUCAAUUAUCUUCUUUCCCUACUUGUAAUUUGACUAGGAUGAAAUUCAAAGAAAGAACAAGUAAGGUGGAAGGUGUGGUAUACUGCCUAUAUAAACAGGCUGCUUACCGUGAUCUCUUUUCUGUGAUCAUUUCACUUGCCUUUAAGUGGCCAUUGUCUGCAAAUCGAAAUUGAUUAAGCCAAAAUAGACAACUGGCAACUCCUGCUACAGAAGAAGCAGAUGAUAAUUGGGACCUUAGCUGAGUUUUAACAAAUUUGUAGUUCAAUCUAGUUGCCCUACAGGGGAUUGUUUUUCUUUAUACUUGACCCUGAUGUCCUGCUGGUUGACAUAACUCCAUUGAUAUCAGGUUCUUAUUUAGCAAGAAACUAAAUUUUAGAAAUCAAAACAGAACUUUAAAUGAACAGUUUCUCCAAAUGUUCAUUUCCCUGCCCACUUGCCUCAAUACCAUACAUACCUUUAAAGAUUCCAAUAUAACUCUCUCUUUAAUUGUGUUUCUUUGUUACUUGAACCUUAGCUCACACCAGAAUGAAUCAUUUUUGUACCAAUUUUGGGGAUGCACCAAAAAAUGUGCUUAAGUUUUAAAGUAGCUUGAAAAUCUAUCUUGAAUUGUUAUUAUGACCUCCUAGUAAUUCAUUAGAUCACUGGGUGGGUUCCUUCUCACAAUCAUGUUGCUUUUUUUGUGCUGUAAUUUUUUUUCAACAUUUCUGCUCAGAGAAUUUGCUUAAUCUUCCAUAAACUCUGCUCAGGGCACUUUCAAUUUAUUGUUUAUUGAAGUUUUAUUUUGGCUUGUUUUUGUUUUGUUUUUGUUCUCACUUCAACCUCUGAUAGCAAGAAGAACAGUUAAGAUAUGAGGCAAAAUUUCUAUUUCAUUCCUAUCAGUACCACUAUUUUCAUGUGUCCUCAGAGAACAUUGCCUAUAUAAUAAAAGCAGGGAUUACAAAACUGACCACAUCUAUAAAACUAACACUAAAGUAAAACAAAUAAACCAAUACUAAUAAAUGAUUCAAGCAAUAGGAAUGUAUUUGUUCUCUACUUGCAUUUAGAGACUUAGAACUUGCAAUUGUGACUUCCGUCCAAACACGGCGUCCCGUUGCUGUGCUUUCGCUUCUUUUUAGUAUGUGCAAUAUUUUAUGUGCCAAUUUAGAUUCACCUAACGGUGACAACAGACUUUUCUCAUGCCAUCUUUUUUGGAGUGUUAAGUGGAGUCUUAUGCCUUCCUUUGAAAAUAGUAGGGAUAAAAUUUGUCUGGAUGUCAACACGUUGCACAGCCUGGACCAGGGGCUUCUUACAGCUCUUACUAUUCAGUGCCCUGCUGGGCUUCAUAUUUAAAGUGGGGGUGGGAAAAACCCAAGCAGAGAAAAAAAAAAUGUCAGAUAUCUGUCUCUCUCAAAGGUUGUUAAUGGUGAAAAAAAGAUAAUAUGAGCUGAGUCUCAUUCUGUGAAGAUGAAUACCUAGUAAUUAAUUACUGGGCAUCCCUUGAUGGGUGCGGUCUUCAAGAGAGCAUCAUAUUCUCUUUUAUGUUUAUCAUGACUAAUCUUUACUUAGUUUGGAAGGGUGGAUAAAUUCAAUCUUGUGUGGGAAGAAUGGCAUUCCUUUGUCUUUCUGUGACUGAUGAAAGCUUGUUUUUGGAUUGUGGCUCUCUUUUGUGAGUUCAUAUAAUUUUGCCCUUAGACCAUCCAAUCUGGCUUUCUUGGCUACAGAAAUAAAGUUAUAAAUUGGAGCUAUUUCUAUGAGUCUCCGCCCCCCACGUUUCCCAAAUUCCAAAAUUAUUCAAGGCAAGUUCUAGUCCUAUUGAUGUUUGCAGUGGAAUUUGUGUUGGGUUCAUUUGUCCUCUUCAUCAAUGGGAUUAAGAUUUGAGCCUUGUGUUCCCAAGUGCCUUAAUUUCUGUUUUUAAAAGGCACCUAAUUUCACAUGAAAGAUUUUAAUGCCAAGUUGUUUCCUGCAACUUGUCCUGUAAACUCUGGUUCACAGUGUCACUCCCUUUUCAAUUUCUUCUAAUUACUGAAAUAGUGACAGUUGUAGAGGACAUUUUAAGAUUAAUUUCAUUGUAAAAGUCUGUACAGUAUCCACAUGGCAAUAUUAACUGACACCAGUUUUUUCCUCCCCUUGUUUUAUUUUUGUAUUAGACCUUCUUUAGUUUACAAUGAAACUAUACAAUCACCAAUAAAAUUAGUCAGGGCAAAGGAAAAAAAAUACCAGAACCUCUUUAUAGGAAUUUCUAAAUAAAUAUAUCUAUAUCUAUAUAUCUAUAUCUAUAUAUCUAUAUAUAAAAUGACUGUUCCUUAUAGUGUUUAACUUAGGCAUCAUUUCAGUUUGUCUGGGCCACAUGGUGGGGUUUCAGAAUGUGAUGUCACUUACCUCAUAUUCUGCAUAUAAAUCUCGAUCGUUAAAAAAAAAAUCUCUACCCCAAUUCCUUUCCUUUCCUAGGGAAAAAAAAUGCAUGCCUAAUCCCUGGCACCCCACACCCUCCAUCUGAUAUUUUUCUAUUGUUUAGGCGCUAGGAAGUGACAUCACAGCUUGAUUUCCCGCAGUCAAGGAACAUUUAGAAACCUUUCAAACCUCUUACUCAGGGAUGAGGCUGGUGUAUGGUGUGGUACACUGAUGUGACCAGAAGGAGCACUUUUACUGCUCUGGAGUAGGGAUGUUCAAUUCCAAGGAAUUGUUUGGAUUUCCUGCAUGGUUAUGAACUAACUGUAAGAUUAAUUGUCAUGUGCAGUAUAAGCAAUAGGCCCAGUCGGAGCUGUAGCUUUGGGUGAGAGAGAAGACAUCCUACACAGGGUGGCUUGCUUUCCUUUGCUACGUUGCUAAGCCAGAGAGGGAGGGGAGGCCCACCACAGUGAUAAUUUUUAACUAAGAAAUAAGAUUGCUGUUUUAAAGAUACUUUGCGGUGCUUCAGAUUUUUGAGAUGGGUUCCUAAAUAUUGUUUCAAAUAAAUGCCAUAGAUAUCCAGGCCACAGUGUUGUAGGUCUUUGCUUUCUUCAGGACCCAGACCUACAAGGAAAUAGGCGUGAUCCAAAUCUUUAAAGUGAAAUGUAUGCUUACCCCUUUGAAAUCACAGCUCUAACUAUACUUAAAAGUACUAGUUUCAGCAGAACUAUGCAUUGACCAGUCCUUUCAGUGAAUGCCCGGUUCAUUGAAGGCCCACUUGUGUGUCAAAGUUCACUUGUUUUUUAAUAUGCCUGCUAUUAAAUAUUAUGGAUAUAUGCCACAGAUUCACAUUGGAUAUUAGAUGACUGUGGAUAGACUUUCUGCUCGUUUGGUCUCAGAUCAUACAGUGGAAACGCUACACAUGGGAUUAGUGAUGGACUUAGCCACACCUAUUCCACUAGCAAUUGAGAAGGGGAAGAAAGCAGCUGACAUGUGGCCCAAUGGCAGUAUUAACCAAUAGUAAAGCAAGGUCUAAAAGCAAGUUCCACAGUACCAUCUGUUUGUACUAACAGCGUGGCUUGGUGGUAUCGAUGCUUAAAACUUCUUCAGAAGUAGCAUUCCAAAUAUGGAAAGGACCUUCUAUGUAUGGAGAGUAUUUUAUAGCUGUUAUAAAAGCAGAAGCAUACAGAUGACAAUAGGCCCUACUUUAUUAUAGCCCCCACAUAUUAAUGAUUAUACAAGUGAACUAGUGGCUUUUUUUUCUGCUUCCAAUACUUUGAUCCAGUACCUUAUAUCUGAUUACCUGCAAUGAAGCAUUUGUGCCCUUUUGUCUCAUCUCCUAUGAAAUGAACACUGUUAACAGCAAUAUGUGAUUCCCGCCACCCCGCCUCAGAUUAUUAUGUGUAGGUAUUGUCCAACCAAGGGACAGACACAGUAAUAGCAUAAAAACAAAGGAACAUCGUUCCCGAUCUGUUUUUAAGCAGAAUGUGGUUAAGGUUUUGCUUUUUUUUUUAAAGGUUUAUUACUCUGAAGAUUCCCGAAAAAGGAUAGUCCUCCAAAUUGCGAUUGUUGCUUUUGAAAGCACAGAAAUAUUUUGUUGAUUUCCUUUGUAGAUUCCAAGAGCAGUAUUGUGUUUUUCUGUUGAUGAGGAAAUUCCAAACAAGUUGCACACUUCUACUCCAGAGUUCACUUACUUUUACAUAGAUGACCUCGCUUCUGAUGUGUUACCUUACUGAUAGGAUCUUUACUUGUAGCACUAUAACUGGUGGGAAUAUUUUUUUAUGUGAACCUAAUUUGACGAGAAGGUUAAACAAACUUUUUUGAAGCACUCACAUUGAGAGGAGUACAGGUAAUGUUUUUUAAAAAAUUGCACAAAAGAAACGAAUGUUUGGAAUGAUUCAUUCAGUAUUUGAAAAGCGAUGGAUAUGUUGAAAAUCGUGUGUUGUUUGUAAAAAUUAAAUAAACCUACAAAAGUCGAGAAAGGGUGAAAGUUACUUUUUUUUUUGUAUAUAGAAGACUCUCGUGGAUUGGUUCUGGCAGGAAAGAAUGCCUAAUUAACAGGUUUUUCAAAGACAGUAUACUUAGGUUUGCAUUUUCAUUAUAUGAGUCGCGUUGUUGGGGCAGGGGAGAAUAGUCACCUUUAACAGCAUUUGAGGGCUGUAUGUCCCUCUUUAAUCUAGUUAAAGUUGAUUGGGAUCUCAUGAUAUCUUCUAAGUAUGAUUUUGGUUUUGCACUUCCUGUACUUAAAAAAAAGAAAACAACCCAAAGAAUUUCAGAGUGGGCAAGAAGUGUUUGUUACAAGGGAUUCUCAAAGUGAAUAAAGAAGUGAGGAAGAUUAUACUGUCUUCUGUAAUUCCCCUCUUCCCCAAACCCAUAUAUACACAUGUACACCUCUCUUUUUAUGCCUGGAACUGUUAAAAGACAAUGUUAGUUAUUCUA